AUGUUCCACCUGCGGCAGCACCCAGACCCCCUGCAGCACCCAGACCCCCUGCAGCACCCAGACCCCCAGCAGCACCCAGACCCCCAGCAGCACCCAGACCCCCUGCAGCACCCAGACCCCAGCAGCACCCAGACCCCAGCAGCACCCAGACCCCCAGCAUCACCAGACCCUGCAGCACCCAGACCCCCUGCAGCACCCAGACCCUCUGCAGCAUCCAGACCCCCUGCAGCACCCAGACCCCCUGCAGCACCCAGACCCCCUGCAGCACCCAGACCCCCUGCAGCACCCAGACCCCCUGCAGCACCCAGACCCCCAGCAGCACCCAGACCCCCUUCAGCACCGAGACUCCCUGCAGCACCCAGAUGCCCUUCAGCACCCAGAUCCCCUUCAGCACCCAGACCCCUGCAGCAGCACAAGACCCCCUGCGGCAGCACCCAAACCCCCUGCGGCAGCAGCCAGACCCCCUGCAGCACCCAGAACCCUGCGGCAGCACCCUGA